CAAAACACACUAGAAAAGAACUUUCUCUAAAGCUCACUCUUCUGCUUUUUCGCUCAGAAAAUUCUCCAUCAUACUAGCCACUCUCUCUCACUCUCUUUCUUCUUCACAAAUACUUCUUCACUCAGCUCGUUUCAUCAGUUCUUGGGCCUUUUUUUUCUACCUUUCCCUUUUUUGCCACAUUUUUCUUUCACAUGGAGAUGACCAUCUCAAUACGGCUUGCUCUUCCUCUUGCUGCAAUACUGGUGUUAGUUUCAGUUUUAGCAGCAGAUCAAGGAGGAUUUUCAUCGAUGAAAACAGAUGCGGAGGCUCUUUUAUUGUUCAAGAAGAUGAUCCAGAAGGACCCUAGUGGAGCUUUAUCAGGUUGGCAGCUUAGUAAAGAUCCAUGCAAAUGGAAUGGGGUUACUUGCAAUCUUGAAAGAGUAACUCAACUAGAUCUUGCCCAAUCUGGUCUUGUUGGCCAAAUCACUCUGGCUCCUUUUGCUUCUCUGGAUAUGCUGAUAUCCCUCAAUCUGUCUGCAAAUUCUCUUGCUAUAAAUUCGACAUCUUUGGUGCAGCUUCCAUAUGGAUUGAAGCAACUUGAAUUAUCAUUUUCUAAACUUGUAGGUCAAGUUCCCGAAAAUUUUUUCUCUAAGCAUCCCAAUCUCGAGUAUGUGAAUUUUGCUUUCAACAAUAUAACUGGUUCUUUACCCGAGAAUUCCUUGUUAUACAUCGAUAAAUUGCAAUAUCUUGAUCUUUCCUAUAAUAACCUCACAGGCUCUAUUGCAAAUAUCAAAAUUGAAACCUGCAAUUCAUUGUGGCAUCUUGACUUGUCCGGGAACCAAAUACAGGAUUCCCUUCCCGUUUCCUUGUCCAAUUGCACAGCUCUUCAAGAGUUGAGUUUAGCAAGCAAUUUUUUCAGUGGUGAAAUCCCACGAUCUUUUGGUGAACUCAAAAGCUUGCAAAGAUUAGAUAUCUCACAGAAUCAUCUGUCUGGUUGGAUACCUCCUGAAUUGGGAAAUUCAUGUGCCUCCCUCUUUGAGCUUAAGCUGUCUAAUAACAACAUUACAGGAUCAAUCCCUACUACUUUUGGAUCAUGCUCUUCGCUCCAAUCAUUUGAUUUAUCCAACAACAACCUGACAGGUCCCUUUCCUGAUUCCAUCCUCCAGAACUUAGGAUCUUUGGAGACAUUGUUACUGAGCAGUAACAAGAUCUCUGGACCCUUUCCUGCUUCCAUUUCCAACUGCAAGAAAUUACGAGUGGUCGACUUCAGCUCCAACAUGCUUUCAGGAAUCAUUCCACCUGAUAUAUGUCCUGGAGCUGGGGCACUUGAAGAGCUGAAAGCACCAGACAAUUCACUCAGUGGAGGAAUUCCACCUCAGUUAUCCAAAUGCUCACAGCUGAAGACAAUAGACUUCAGUAUAAAUUACCUCAAUGGUUCAAUACCAGCAGAACUAGGAAAUCUUGAGAAUCUAGAGCAGCUCAUUGCGUGGUACAAUAGCUUGGACGGCAAUAUACCAGCAGAAUUGGGAAAGUGCAAGAAACUCAAGGAUCUUAUUCUGAAUAAUAACUAUUUGAGUGGCAAAAUCCCUACGGAAUUGUUCAAUUGUGGUAAUCUUGAAUGGAUAUCCCUCACAAGCAAUGUACUUACCGGUGAGAUACCACGAGAAUUUGGCCUUUUGACUAGGUUGGCAGUUUUGCAAUUUGCAAAUAAUAGUUUGAGUGGUCAGAUCCCGAUGGAGUUGGCAAACUGCAGCAGCUUGGUUUGGCUUGACUUGAACAGCAAUCGCCUUAGUGGUGAGAUCCCACCUCGACUUGGAAGACAGCUUGGAGCAAAAGCACUGAGUGGAAUACUCUCGGGAAACACAAUGGUGUUUGUCCGAAAUGUUGGGAACUCCUGCAGAGGAGUUGGAGGAUUACUCGAGUUUGCAGGAAUCCGCCCUGAAAGGCUAUUGCAGGUUCCAUCCCUGAGAAGUUGUGAUUUCACAAGAAUGUAUUCCGGUCCAGUUUUAAGCAUGUUUACUCAAUACCAGACUCUGGAAUAUCUAGAUAUCUCAUACAAUGAGCUUCAGGGGAAAAUUCCAGAUGAAUUUGGGGACAUGAUGGCUUUGCAAGUCCUUGUUAUAUCACAUAACCAGCUAUCUGGUGAGAUACCUCAGACACUUGGCCAGCUGAAGAAUCUGGGAGUGUUUGAUGCAUCACAUAAUAGACUGCAGGGCCAUAUUCCAGACGCUUUGGAGAAUCUUUCUUUCCUUGUGCAAAUUGAUCUGUCCAACAACGAGUUAACUGGGCAAAUUCCACAAAGGGGACAACUAAGUACGCUUCCUGCAAGCCAGUAUGCAAAUAAUCCUGGGCUAUGUGGGGUUCCUUUGCCUGUGUGCCAAUACCAGCAACCUGCAACAAAUUCAGCUGGAGAUGGUCAAAAGGAAGGCCGAAGAACUUCAGCUGCAUCAUGGGCUAACAGCAUUGUAAUGGGGGUGCUUAUCUCCAUUGCUUCUAUCUGCAUUUUAAUUGUGUGGGCAAUUGCAAUGCGUGCAAGGCAGAGGGAGGCAGAUGGACUGAAAAUGCUUAGUAGUCUGCAAGCAACUCAUGCUGCCACGACCUGGAAAAUUGACAAGGAGAAAGAGCCUUUGAGCAUCAAUGUAGCAACCUUUCAGCGGCAGCUUAGGAAGCUCAAGUUCUCUCAAUUAAUUGAGGCUACCAAUGGUUUUUCGGCAGCAAGCCUCAUUGGCUCUGGAGGAUUUGGAGAAGUUUUCAAGGCAACUAUGAAAGAUGGAUCAAAUGUUGCUAUCAAGAAGCUCAUACGCCUGAGCUGCCAGGGUGACCGAGAAUUCAUGGCUGAGAUGGAGACCUUGGGCAAGAUCAAGCACAAGAAUCUAGUACCCCUGCUGGGAUACUGCAAGGUUGGUGAAGAAAGGCUACUGGUCUAUGAGUUCAUGGAAUAUGGAAGUCUUGAAGAAAUGCUGCAUGGAAGAGCAAGAGCACGUGAUAGGAGAAUUUUAACAUGGGAAGAAAGGAAAAAAGUUGCAAGAGGAGCAGCCAAAGGACUUUGCUUUCUCCACCACAAUUGCAUACCCCACAUAAUACAUCGAGAUAUGAAGUCAAGCAACGUACUCUUGGACCAUGAAAUGGAGUCUAGAGUUUCUGAUUUUGGAAUGGCAAGGCUCAUAAGCGCACUUGACACUCACCUUAGUGUUAGCACAUUAGCAGGAACACCUGGAUAUGUACCACCAGAGUAUUAUCAAAGCUUCCGGUGCACUGCAAAAGGUGAUGUGUAUUCAUUUGGGGUUGUCCUUUUGGAACUCCUUACUGGGAAAAGGCCAACAGAUAAGGAAGAUUUUGGAGACACCAACUUAGUAGGUUGGGUGAAAAUGAAGGUAAGAGAAGGAAAAGGAAUGGAAGUAAUAGAUCCAGAAUUACUUUCAGUGACUCAAGGAACUGAUGAAGCAGAAGCCGAAGAAGUGAAAGAGAUGGUGAGAUAUUUAGAAAUUACACUGCAGUGUGUUGAUGAUUUCCCAUCAAAAAGGCCUAAUAUGCUCCAGGCCGUAGCCAUGUUGAGAGAGCUUAUGCCCGGAAGUGCCAAUACAAGCAAUAGUUCCUGAAACAUCAUAAAAUCUGUUAGUGCAACACAAGGAUUGUAAGAUUUGCUGUUCAAGAAGUCAGAAUCUAGUUGUACUUACUUUUGCAAGAGUCUUAUUUGUUUUGUAUCAGUUCAUUUUGCAGUAAAUACCAUCUACAUAAAGGUUCAGAAUUGUUGCCUGUAAUAGAAUUUACACAGAAAGUGAUGAGCUUUAACCGGA